AUGGAAGCAACUACUGUUCAUAGGUUUCAGUACUCAUCACCAUGGAUUGAUUUGAGAAAUUUUGAAGGGAAGCCUCGUGGUUCUCUACAGUACAAUCAUCGAAGCAAAGAAAAUAAAAGGCUUAGAGUUCUUGCUUUAGCUCAUUUUCAACCUGACAAAAGAAGAGACCAUCGACAAAGAUCACUUUCUGACAAGAACUCCUCAGCAUUGUUGGAAACUGGUAGUCUCCUUCAUUCUCCAUUUGAUGAAGAACUGGUUUUGAAGAGAAAAGCUGAAGAGGUUAAACAGUAUUUAAAUGGGCGAUCUAUGUAUCUUGUUGGAAUGAUGGGUUCUGGGAAGACGACAGUGGGAAAGAUAAUGGCAAGAGCACUUGGUUAUACAUUCUUUGAUUGUGACGCUUUGAUCGAGCAAGCAAUGAACGGAACUUCUAUAGCUGAGAUAUUUGAGCAUUUCGGUGAGAGCGUCUUCAGAGAAAAAGAGACCGAGGCGCUACAGAAACUCUCUUUGACGUACCACCAAGUCGUUGUCUCAACCGGUGGAGGUGCAGUUAUAAGACCCAUCAAUUGGAAGUAUAUGCAUAACGGUAUAAGCAUUUGGCUAGAUGUUCCUCUAGAAGCCUUAGCGCAUAGAAUCGCUGCUGUGGGAACUCAUUCAAGACCAUUGUUACGUGGUAAUGACGAUGGUGAUGAGUCAAAAGACGCAUACACAGUGGCCUUGAACCGUCUUUCAACUAUUUGGGAUGCACGCGGUGAAGCAUACACUAACGCUAGCGCAAGAGUUUCAUUAGAAAAUAUCACAUCUAAGCGUGGGUAUAGAAGCGUCUCAGAUCUUACACCAGCUGAAAUCGCCAUUGAGGCCUUUGAGCAAGUUCAGAGCUUUGUAGAGAAAGAAGGCCUCUAG